AUGGCACCUAGUAAUACACCCCCAGACCGCCGACCAAUAGUCAUCUCCGGCCCCUCAGGCGUCGGUAAAGGAACGUUAUCCCAGAAACUCCUUGACUCACACCCUGGCACCUUCGCAUUUAGCGUAUCCCACACCACGCGCAAUCCUCGUCCUGGUGAAGUCGAGGGUGUAAAAUACUUCUUUGUGUCCCCUGAUACUUUCAUCUCUCUUAUCUCUCAACAUGCCUUUAUCGAGCACGCGGUUUUCAGUGGCCAUCACUACGGAACCAGCAAACAGACUAUCACAGACCAGACGGCAAAAGGACUGGUGGUUGUGCUCGAUAUUGAUAUGAAUGGCGUCAAGAAUUUGAAGGCGGACGCUGGUAUUGAUGCGCGCUACGUCUUUAUCAAACCAUCGAGCUUUGAGGCACUCGAGGCGCGGCUCAGGGGUCGUGGUACUGAGAAUGAGGAUGAUUUACAGAAGAGGUUGAGCCGGGCUAGAAUUGAGCUGGAGUAUGCGAACACGCCGGGCGUCUAUGAUAAGAUCAUUGUAAACGAUGAUCUUGAGAGGGCGUAUAAGGAAUUGGAAGGGUUUGUGUAUAGGCCAACGUCCUAG